UCGAAAUUUUAUGCUUUGCACACGAUACGCUUUUAGCCUUUUAUAUCGUGCAAAAAUGGCGAAAUUAUUGCUUGUGUGCUUCGUCGUAGCGACAGCCGUGGUUUGCAUCAACGCCACCAAGGGUUCCGGAUCCGGCAACAAGGAGAACAAGGGCGGCGGCGGCAGUCGACCCGGCAGUAGCAGCGGAGAUAAAGACAAGUCCAACGUGCCGACCCUGACCAAGCUGUGCGCCGAUGAAGUUGCCAAGCAGAUGGUCCAUGAAUUCGCCGAGAAGUACCAGGCAGCGGUCAAGGGCAUCCUCUACCCCGGAGACAGAGCCAAGGCCAAGGACAGAGUCGAUGAGGAGGUCAAGAAGAUUCUGAAGGAACACUAUAACAUUCCCCUCGGAGCGAUCCCCGACCUGGUCAAUAGUAUCCGGACACAGGCUGAGAAGCAGAAGAACCCCAAGAAACGCCCGCAUGUGCAGGAUCCCAUUGACCCCAAGACGUUGGGCAUGGUUCCACGAUGCCUCAAAAAGCCCAAGACCAAGCCAUGAGUGUCUUGUCCUCUCAUUGCAUUUGUUUUAAGAGUUGUGUUUAUACUUUGCAACUUUCCGAAGCUCUAAAGUUUUACAACCUAGCAUGCAGCAGAAUAUUUGCUAGGACUUUGAGACUGAUUUUUAUAUGACUGAAUGCUGGCCUUUUUGGUUGUAAGUUUCCGAGACGCAAAUUACGAUAAA